UCCAAACUGAACCACAAGACGAUGAUAAAACCAAACUGAAAAGAUAGACAGCGUUUCGCUUUCUUGCCGACUUUGCCUUUUCAUGGAGGUAGUGGUGGCCGUGUUUGGCGGCUCCGCUUCUGCUUCUGCAUCUGCAUCUGCUUCUCGCUCUCUCACCUUUCCAAAGCUGCAUAACUCUAUUCCUUUCAAGAUUACAAAAGCUCAGUUUUGGGGUUCCUUAUCAUGUGGAAGCAAAGAUGUUGAUGACAGGCCAAAAAGUUGCAAAUCAAUUUUCUAUAGUAUAGGAGGCAGUUGUAGACACUGGUUUUUCUGUCAACCUGUGCACAGGCUUGAUAAAAAGAUUGCUUCACAAUGUGGUCUGUUUUCAGUAAAGUUUGGACGCCUUCCCAAGUUGAGAAAGUACUCCUUUAAACUUCAGAAAGCAAUAAAAUUUUCCAAGAAUUUUAAGAAUCAGGUCUCCAUACUUCUUGUCAACCUCUUUGUUGGAAUGAUGCUUUUUAUGACAGUAUCUGUUGCUGUUAGCAAAACUCCAUCUUGGGCCCUGAGUGAAGAGAAUCUUCUUUUCUUGGAGGCAUGGAGAACAAUUGAUCGUGCAUAUGUUGACAAAAAUUUCAAUGGGCAAAGCUGGUUUAGGUACAGGGAAAAUGCAUUGCGCAAUGAACCAAUGAACACUCGAGAAGAGACAUAUAUGGCAAUCAGGAAGAUGCUUGCCACCUUGGAUGAUCCUUUCACUCGAUUUUUGGAGCCUGAAAAGUUUAAGAGCCUGCGGUCAGGGACACAAGGCGCUCUUACAGGUGUAGGGCUGUCAAUUGGCUAUCCUACAGAAGCUGAUGGAUCACCUGCAGGACUGACUGUAAUUUCAGCUUCUCCUGGAGGUCCUGCAUAUGGUGCUGGCAUUUUGUCCGGGGAUGUUAUCCUGAAAAUUGAUGACACAAGUACAGAAACCAUGGGCAUAUAUGAUGCUGCAGAGCGCUUGCAGGGACCUGAAGGCAGUACAGUGGAAUUAACUCUCCGUAGGGGACCUGAGAUAAAGCACCUAUCUUUGACGCGAGCAAGAGUUUCACUGAACCCAGUGCAAUCUAGAACGUGUGAGAUACCCAGUUUGGGGAAGGAUGCCUCCAGAGUGGGAUAUAUUAAACUAACUUCAUUCAACCAAAAUGCUUCUGGCGCUGUCCGGGAAGCAAUUGAAACUUUAAGGAGAAGCAAUGUCACUGCUUUUGUAUUGGACCUUCGGGAUAAUAGCGGUGGUCUUUUCCCUGAAGGAAUUGAGAUUGCCAAGAUUUGGUUAGAUAAAGGUGUCAUCGUCUAUAUAUGUGAUAGUAAAGGUGUUCGUGAUAUAUAUGACACUGAUGGAAGCAAUGCAAUAGCAGCUGCAGAACCCCUAGCUGUUCUGGUGAACAAAGGAACUGCUAGUGCAAGUGAAAUUUUAGCCGGUGCGCUGAAGGACAAUAAACGGGCAGUGCUCUUUGGAGAACCCACAUAUGGAAAAGGCAAGAUUCAAUCAGUUUUCCAGCUAUCUGAUGGCUCUGGAUUGGCUGUUACAGUCGCUCGAUAUGAGACACCUGCUCAUACUGACAUCGACAAGGUUGGUGUGAUUCCGGACCAUCCAUUGCCAGCAUCUUUCCCCAAGGAUGAUCAAAGUUUUUGUGGCUGCCUCCAGGACCCGACAUCUGCUUGCUAUCUCAAUAGAGUUGAGCUAUUUUCGAGAUGAUGAAAAAUUUGUAUCCCAUUCUGACCUGACAUUCUUGAAAGUAUUCACUAUUCUUUUGCCA